AUGGAGAGGCCAAAUGCAUACGUUAAGAAGGGGCCAUGGACUGCUGAAGAAGAUGAGAUUGAUGCUAACGAUACGAAAAAUGUGAACUUUACUACGAAGUGGAAGCAAGUUUUCAGCAGAGGAAGAGAGGAUGGUGAUACAACUGCAAGCACAAUUCGGGAACAAGUGGGCGAAAAUCGCAACGUUCCUUCUUAUCCAUGCAGUUCUGCUAUUGAGGAGGGCACAUCAUGCUGCAACUAUGAAACCCACAAUUGCUUUUCAAAUUCUCAAGAGUUCAGAAUGGUGCCCCUGCCAGAUUUGGUAAAACCAAACCUGCAAAAUGUGGAAGCAGAGCAGCCAAUAUUUGAGGCCACGCCCCUUCAUAUGAUCUCGCCGAUUGAUUCCCCACCACACUACUCUCUGUCUCAGCUCCCUCAGCCCCAACUGGACCUUCCAUUUUUGUCAGAAUGCAAGGAACUUGACCAAGACCCUAUGGCUCCCGACCUGUUGGACAUGUUUGGGCUUACUGAAUGUGAAAGUGGCCAGAAGUUCUUUAAGGAGAAUACUGCAAGUACCAAGCUAGGAGAAGUAAAAGACCUUUCGAUCCCCAACAUUGUUUUCGAUGAUUUCCCACCGGAGAUGCUUGAUUAUCUUGAAACACUUACAAGCUCGUCGGAGUUAUAA